UACGACCUUUCCGAGUGGAUGUAUUUUCUUUUCGCUUGAAGACCCAGAAAACAGCAGCUGACUGAAGUGUGAAAGAUUCCCGUCGCUGAUGUGUGUACCGCAAGUGUGUGAUCAUUACUACAAUAUACAUCACACAACAUUUAAGCAAGAGGUUCUCAACUGAUUCCGUUCGUAGGGUUGGGUAACUCCGACCAUCUAUGGGAGGCAAAUAAUCAAGGAACCAACAAGUUGCCGCAAACGACCUUCCUCACCAACGGCAUAACGGAUGGAUUGUUCAGACUCCGAGCUCGAUAUCUGAUUAAUUUAAUUCAGAUGAUUGAAGAUUGUUGCAGUGCGAUUGACGGAAACCGGUGGGUACAGGGAGCAGAGCGAGGCGGUGUACAUUACCUCAAUUGCGAGUGAGUUGUGUUGUUUUGGAGAAAAGUGGUAGACACGUCGUCGUCUUCGUCAUCAUCAACACGGCGCGCAAGUAGUAAACAGUGGCGGUGUGCUGUGUUUGUGUCGCUUUGUGCAAUUUAGCUCCCCCUGGUUCUCGUGCAAUGACGAAAAUGUUUAAUUUAUGAUUUGUCGUAAUAGUGGGUUGCUACGAUACCCCAAAAAGUAACACCGAAAACGAGAGCGAAUGUCACCGAGGUCGUAACGUGCAUUCAGCUAAGGAAAAAAGGGGUUAGCACGAGUGAUGAAGAUUUCCGAAAUUAUCUCGCUCGUUGAAGAGGGGUAUCGGAUGAGAGUGGAGUGAGCGGAUAGUCGAGAUAGUCGUAUAAUACAACGCACACAGUAAGUGAUAUAAGAUCUGGGAAGAAAACAAAACAAAACAAGAAGGCCGUGUGUUUAUAUGUGUGAACGAAUUGAUUGUCAGCACUGAUAACAAAAGUCGACAGGUGAUAGCCUCUGAGACAUUUAAAAUGGCAAAAAGUUAAGAAGUGCAAAAAAAAUUGGGGAUUGCAAUGAAUUCAUUAUCCUAGGGGGAAAGUCGAACGUAGAUUGAAGAGAGGGUGUAUGUGUAUAAUUAGGUAUUGCUUCAUCGAUCCCUUAGGGGUGGUGCAAAUAUUGGAAAACACCUCAAGGUGUCAACGACAAGAGACGGUGAGAGCGAAGGACAUUGGCUGCUGCUGCUGAGAGGAGCAGCGGUGAACAGGACACAACUGAUUUUUCACCAUUUUAUCAGAGCGCCCAACGAAAUUCGUCACGAUAACGAGACCUAACCGAUAGCGCAUCAAUACGUAUAUACAGCGCUAUGAGUGCUGCCGCCAAUAUAUUGGAGCUACAGACGUGGAUAGUGUAUCAGCGGAUCGCAGUGGAAUGUGCGAAUUGUUUUUUUAUGACCGACAAUGCCUUCAAAGCGAAAGAUAUUGGCCUACGGGCCCAGAAGAAGAUUCUGUCCCGAAUGGCUACCAAAAAUGUGGCCAAAGUGUUCAUCGAUGGUACAACCGCCUCACUGCUGGACAACGUCUACCGGCUAGCCAAGACACAUUCCGGUAGCAAAAAGGAUGCCGAAAAACUAGUUAAGAACGUCAUCAAAAUAGUCAUAAAGAUUGCCGUCCUCAACCGCAACGGCCAGUUCACCGCUGAUGAGCUGAAGCUGGCGGACCGAUUCCGAGCCAAGUUCCAAACGCUCCAGAUGGCCAUCAUCUCGUUCUAUGAGGUGGACUACAGCUUCGAUCUGAACUAUUUGCUCAAAUCACUGCAGGAGGUGCACAGGCUACUGAAGAGCUGCGUCGAGCGGCAUCUGACAGACAAAUCGAUUGGCCGAAUCGACGAAGUGUUUGAAUUUUUCAGCGAUCCAUCGCUGCUGGAGACGUGCUUCCGGCAAGAGUCGCCAUACCGGGAUAUCAUGGAUAAGAUUAUUGCCGACCUGAACAAGGCGAUGGAAAAUGGGGACAUUUAAUGCUGCAGAGCAUCGUUUGGUUGCCGUAAAAUAAUGUAAUACAUAGAGCUUUCUUCGACACACACACACACACACACUCACAAUUAGAAAUUGAAUAGCGCUUGUGCAUCUUUGGAUUAAAUCGUGUAACUGUGAAUUUAAUUUGUCAUGUAUAGUCGAUAGUAGAUUAUUGUUCCGGUUAUUUACUGACAUAUCACUGUUUAUGUGGACAAAACAGGACAACUAUUACUAUUUUUAAUUUAUUUAUGCUAAAUUAUAUCAAUUUGUUACGAACCAAUUGUCUGGCCUUUUGCUUGCCAAAUUUGCCUCAGUCAAACGAAGAUUAAAUUACAUAUUAUAAUUAUUACCUUUAUUUGUAAGGCCUAAAAACGGACGUUCUGUCUAUAAGAAUACCAAGCUAGAUUACAAACAAAGAAAGUUUAAGUAGGAGAACAACAGUUGGAAUAACAAAUGUAUCGUAUUGUUUAUACACAGGAAGCAAAUUUAUCACCUCGGACGAGCAUAUUUGACGAAGCAGUAAUUCAGGGGAUUCAUUCCUUCGUGUGAAACUUCAAAUCAUUAAGCAAGGCCUACUAAUACUAAUCACAAACACUGAGUGUUGUCCAACCGAUAUGAUAUUAACCACUUAUUCGAAAAAACAAAAAUUAAUGAAAACUAUCUAAGUCACGCGUGUGGGAUAUUCGAUUUUCUGGUGCUCCAGGGGACAAGUAAACACUCAUAUCAAGACGCGUCGCAAGUAUCUUUAUUCUUGUGCCGUCGUCAUCUACUCACGUAAGAAGUCUCCCGCGCACUUUUACAUGUACUUAAAUAACUAAUGAAAAAAGAACAAAAACGAUUAAUACCAUACAUAUGUACAGUUUACACUAGUCUAGUAACUAUUGAACUGGAGCCGACGGUUGGAUUAGAAAGGCACCCAGCGUAGCAAACGAACAUAUGAAAAUCAACAAAAUCAUUUUUGAACAACUUGAAAACAACACUCACUUAAGGACCAGUCUUUCUGCAACUCACUAGAUUUGUUGCAAGAUAUCAACAGAAUAGUUUUCGUUGAAGAACAAAAAUAUAUAUAUGAAUCGAGAAAGAAGGGCACAGAAAUAGUUAGCUUUUUGUGGUGUCGUUUCCAGUUUUCCAUAAAGUAUUGUUCACUUAGAAUUUUGAAUCAUAAAACAUGUUAUUUUGUACGUUCAACCGUAAGCGCUUGAAUUGCUUCCCCCUAAAACUAAUAAGAAGUUUGGUUUAUGUGAACAUUCAAUCAUUCAUUGUUAGUUUGUUUGCUGAGACCGAAAAGAACCGCCAUUUGCCGGAAAUGUCUAAAAUAUCAAGAAAACUGCGGGAGCAGGGAAGCAACACUACACGAUUUCGUUGAAUAUUUAUAAUAGCGAAACAAGUAAAACGGGCCUGAUCACGAACGUCACUUCACGGUGAAAACGAAAUGAAUUGUAUGCAAUUUGCAUGCAUUUUAUUCCGUUUUCACCGUGAAGUGACGUUUGUAAUCAGGCCCAAGUAAAACAUCAAGUGCAAACAUUGUUCUGCCUUCUGGAAAAAAUAGUUACAAAUGGAUUCGAGUAGAUGAUUGAGGUGAGCUGCGAACUACCCAACAUUCAGCCCUAUUCUGUAAAGGGUGUGUCACAUCAAAUUGCAUCACGGAAAAAACGCUGUAGAAAUUUAAUUUUUAGGAAUUAUAUCUUCAGCUUUCGCUUUAAAAUCAGAUAAGAGUGUAUAGAUCACGUUGGCCAUGCUUCACUGUCAAUUUUUCGUAAAUUUGGAAAAAUGUCGAACGAAAAAGAGCGUCGUGAAUUAAUCCUGUGCACUCAUUUCGAGAAUCAGGAGUUGUCACAUCGGGACAUCGGUAAGAUGCUGGCAAUCGUCCAAUCCACGGUCAGCAGAGUACUAAAACGAUACUUCGAGAGCCUAACCAUCGACCGGAAGGUGAAGGACGGCAAAAAUGGAUGCUCCGUCAGUGAAAAAGAUCACAAGCGCGUAGUUAAGCAGUUUUGACGUGAUCCGAGAAGUUCGGUCCGGGAUGUCGCCAAUAAGCUGAAUUUGUCAAGUUCAUUCGUCCAGCGGACCAAGCAGCGGGAGGGCCUGCGUACAUACAAGGUUCAGAAGGCUCCUAAUCGCGACGAAAGGCAAAACAUGGUGGGGAAGACGCGAGCCCGGAAGCCGUACACCGAAAUGCUGACGAAGCCGCAUUGCCUGGUAAUGGACGACGAAACCUACGUCAAAGCGGACUUUCGUCAGCUGCCGGGCCUGUUGCUCUUCUCCGCAGAGGACAAAUUCAGCGUUCCGGAGGAGAUUCGCAAGCAGAAACUAUCCAAGUUUGCCAAAAAGUACAUGGUGUGGCAAGCGAUCUGCUCUUGCGGAAAGCGGAGCGUCCCCUUCGUGAUGACCGGCACGGUAAACGGGCAGGUUUACCUUAAGGAGUGCCUACAGAAGCGCUUACUACCACUAUUGAAGCAGCACGAGGGCCCGACCAUCUUCUGGCCGGAUCUCGCUUCGUGCCACUAUUCAAAGGACGUGUUGGAGUGGUACGAAGCCAACGGGGUCACCUUCGUGCCAAAGGAAAUGAACCCGCCCAACGCGCCGGAGCUUCGCUCAAUAGAGAAAUAUUGGGCGAUUAUGAAGUAGGCCCUCCGGAAGAACCCAAAAGUUGUCAAAUCGGAGGCGGACUUCAAGAGAAAAUGGAUUUCUGUUCAAAAAAAAACUACAACCUGACGUUGUACAGAACCUUAUGGACGGGGUAAAGAGGAAGGUGCGAGCAUACGGGCUUGGGCUUGAAGUAUGAAUAAAAAAGAAAAGGCCAAAAGUUGUUUAAUAGUUUUUAUUUUACUGUCUAAAAUUUUCAAAAGGAUCGGUCUACUGGGCGAAUUUCUACAGCGUUUUUUCCGUGAUGCAAUUUGAUGUGACACACCCUUUAUUCCGAUGGAUUUCCAUUUCGUUCGGAACCGUUAUUUCGUUCGAGUUAUAAUUCCCUAUUUUGAACGUUUCACCCAUUCAAUUUACAAAGAGAAACAGAUCGAACGAAAUACUGUAAACUCGAACGGAAUACAGAAUGGAAUUUUAUCAAGUCGUACGAAAUAUUUCGAAUCGAUCGAAAUACAGAAUAGGGGUGAUUGUGUUGGUGUAGGAUUACAAUUUUUUUUGCAACGUUGGCAAGGAAUGGGGUCCGCGUUUUUUAUAUUUGCUGUAACUAUUGGCUUUCCAUAUGAUUACAGUGGUGAAAGGGAGAGACGACAACCGAUAAGAGAAGAUGAUAUUUUGAUUGGAGAUCGUAAUAAAGAUGAACUAUUGAAAAGUA